AUGUUAACUCUUUCCAGAAUUUCACUCCCCUAAACUAUACAAAACUACACACGUUACCGUUAAAAAUAAUAUUCUAAUCUAUAUACUUCUACUUACUCUGUCUUUUUUACGUCUUUGAUUCUUCCAACUUUUCAUCCCAAUCCCUAUUUCUAAACCCAAUCGAAUUUGGGUUUUCGCUCUCUCUCUGCUCUCUGCGUGUGUCUGAAAUUCAGAGAAGAAAGAGAGAGAAAAAAAAAAACAAAAACAGAAACAGAAACAUGGGUUGUAGUCAGUCGAAGAUCGAGAACGAAGAAGCCGUGUCUCGAUGCAAAGAUCGAAAGCUCUUCAUGAAAGAGGCAGUGUCUGCGCGCAACGCCUUCGCCGCCGCCCACUCUUCUUACGCCACGUAUCUCAAGAACACCGGCGCCGCCCUCAGCGACUACGCUCACGGCGAGGUUUCUCACCACUACCACCACCACUCGCACUCGGCCCCUUCUUUGUCUGUUGCUUCUCCUCCUCAUCCUCCUCCACCGCUCACUGUCCCUUCCUCCUCCGCCCCCACCGCUUUCGCGCCUCCUCCGCCUCCACCCAUUAUUGACGCCCAGCCGCUCCAGCGCGCGGCGUCUAUGCCCCAGAUUAAGAUCAUGAAGACCGAACAGGUGAAGCAGGUUGGGGCUACGAUUAUCGAAGAGGAGGAAGGGUCCGAGUCCGAAAGCGACGACCCACGUACCCGAUUGAAGAGGAGGAGUAGUGGGAGUAAUCGGAAUAGGAAUAGAGUGGUGGAGAAUGAAGGGGACCCGCCGGUACCGCCUCCGCCGAUUGAGGUCGAGGAGACGACUAGGCCGGUGCCGAUGCCGCCACAACAGCAUGAUACUCCGUAUGAUUUCUUUUUCGGGGGCGUGGAAGACGUGCACCCCACGGGAUUGGGCGACCCAGCGCCGCCUCCGCCGGUGGUGGCGGAGGAGGUUAAAGUGAAGAGUGUGGAGGUUGAGCGGAAGGUGUUUGAGGAAAAGCCUAAGAGAGUGGAGGAGACUGAUUUUGAUGUUGGUAGUGGGGGUGGGGGUGGGAGUACUGAGAAGGUUGAGGUGGCGAUGGACAAGGCGCCGGAGAUUGUGGGGAAGAGUUUGAAGAGAGUGAAGCAGGUUAGUGGGGCUGAGGGGAAGAGGGUGGUGAAGAUGGGUACUACGAACUUGUUACAGAUAUGUGUGCUGAUUGAUGAUCAGUUCUUGAAGGCAUCCGAGAGUGCCCAUGAGGUUUCGAAGAUGCUUGAGGCGACCCGGUUGCACUAUCACUCUAAUUUUGCUGAUAAUCGAGGACAUAUUGAUCAUUCUGCUAGAGUGAUGCGUGUGAUUACAUGGAAUCGGUCAUUUAGAGGGUUACCUAAUGUUGAUGAUGGGAAGGAUGACUUUGACGCAGAAGAGCACGAAACUCAUGCUACGGUGCUGGAUAAGUUGCUAGCCUGGGAGAAGAAGCUAUAUGAUGAAGUGAAGGCAGGUGAGCUUAUGAAAUUUGAAUACCAGAAGAAGGUUGCUUCACUGAACAGGCAUAAGAAACGAGGUAACAACUCUGAAGCAUUGGAGAAAGCAAAAGCUGCAGUGAGCCAUCUUCAUACAAGAUACAUUGUUGACAUGCAAUCCUUGGAUUCAACAGUUUCAGAGAUAAAUCGUUUACGGGACGAACAAUUAUACCCAAAACUUGUUCAGCUUGUAGACGGGAUGGCCACCAUGUGGGACACCAUGCGAUCUCACCAUGAGAGCCAAUUAGAUCUUUUGAAAAAUCUUAAGUACCUUGACAUCUCCCAAUCGCCCAAGGAAACUAGUGAGCACCACCAUGAGCGCACAUACCAGCUGUUGAUUGUUGUGCAGGAGUGGCAGUCACAGUUUCAGAAGAUAGUGAGCCAUCAGAAAGAGUACAUUAAGGCCCUUAACAGUUGGUUAAAGCUAAAUCUCAUCCCUAUUGAGAGCAGUUUGAGAGAGAAGGUUUCUUCGCCACCAAGGAUUCAAAGCCCCCCUAUUCAGCGACUGCUCAAUGCUUGGCAGGAACAUCUGGAUAAACUCCAAGAUGAGUUUGCUAGAGCUGCUAUAAGCAACUUUACUGCUGUGAUAGAUACUAUAUUUCGGCAGCAAGAAGAAGAGCUUAAAUUGAAGCACAAAUGUGAGGACACCCGGAAGGAGCUUGACCGCAAGAGCCGGCAAUUUGAAGACUGGUAUCAUAAGUACUCACAGAAGAGGGGGGCAGAUGAGUUGGAACAAGAUGGGACAGAAGAUAAACCUCAGAAUGAUCUCAUUACGGAAAAGCAGUUUGCGAUAGAUGUAUUGAAGAAGAGGUUGGAAGAGGAGGAGGAAGCCUAUGAGAGGCAGUGCAUUCAGGUGAGGGAGAAGACUAUAACAAGUUUAAAAACUCGCUUUCCAGACCUCUUUGGAGCACUGUCAGAGUUUGCUCGUUCAUUAUCAAAAAUGUACAAAAGCUUGCGGUCCAUAUCACAUCCUCAGAAUUAAAGUCACAGCUCAUCAUGAGAAUGUUUUAUAAGCCUUGUAUAAUUUUGUCACUUGUGUCAGUAAUGUGUUACAUUACUUACAAUUCUUGCAAUAUUUAUUUGGGACGAGCUCUGAGAAUCAUAUAUAGUUGUGUUACAUCAAAUUGAUUUUUGACAUAAUGUUAUUAGUUUCUUGCAGCAAUAAGAAUUAGUAUAUGUUCUUUUAAA